GCAAAACGAUGCAUGCUAAAGAUCAGUGCGAGUACGGAUGUACGCCGCUGGUGGAAGGCGAAGCUGACUACAGCUGCAACUGCAGCCCCACACAGCAGCCUGCAGACAGCGGCAUCUCCUGUGUCGAGAGGACAAAAUGUCACGAAGAGGAUAUUAUCAAGUGCGAAAAUGAGUACAAAACAUGCUUCCACGACAGCGGAAAGGCCGUCUGUCGUUGUCCGGGCACCACUCUAGACAUUAAUGGCACUUGCAUUGAAUCUUGCACACCGACCAAACAAAAAGAGUGCUCGUCCAUCUUCGGCGAAUGCAAGAUCAAGAACCACGCCGAGACCUGUUCAUGUGCUCCACCCCUUCUUUGGAAUGAUGUCAAAAAGAAGUGCUUCUUAGAGAAAGUGCACAAGUACGUUGCCAGUUUCCGAGUGAACGAGACAAGGGCGCGGAGUGCACAGUACGCUGUUGAGGAAUGCGCCGACAAGCACGACAUGGUGGAGCAAGCGCUUCAAGCAGCCUAUGGACCUUUGCUGUACGCCACACGAAUUCUUCAGUGCUCCGACGAAUACAAGGUGGAGCUGAACUUCGCAAGCAAACCACCCAGUGUGCUGCAUGACAAGAUCCGCGUCUGUGAGCAUCCCGAAGGAGACUAUGGCUGCUUCUUCCCGCCAGCUUUGCACAUCGUCAAGGAUAGUGUCUCCGGUACGUGA